AUGUUUCUGUUUCAGGUGUUUCCUUUUCAGCUUAACAUCUUGUCUCAGAAUAUUUAUGAAAGUUCUACAACCCAUAAUAAAGAUGCUGAGACAAUCAGGAAUACACAUUGUAACAUACCUGGACGACUUGCUAAUAAUGAUGAACAGGAAAGAAACCUUGAAACAACACCUCAGGACUGUACAGAAACUUUUGACCAAGUUAGGCUUCAUCAUAAACACACAAAAGAGCCAAUUAGUACCUACUCUUUCCUUAGAAUACUUGGGAUUCAAAAUAAACUCAAGGAAUAUGACCAUCAUUUUCCCAAAGAAAAAGACAAACCAGUUAAAACGGAAGUGCAAACUAGUUUCAAUGAUGCACAAGAUUCAUGUCAGGAAACUGGCAGUAGGAAAGUCAUUGCUAAACAGGCUUUGGAAUCAGGAAGAACAGAAGCUACACAUCAAUGUGUUGGAGAUGAAAGCAAUCCAGUUUGCUUUUAUGAUGUUCAACGACCUAACACAGAGAUUGGUUCUGAUCAAAACAGACAACAUAACAUGUGCAGCAUAUCUCAACCAUCAGGGCAGAGUAGUAUCACCAGAAAUCAGCAUGAUAGCAAAAUCAAUAUAGGAGACGUGUCUCAAAAAGAGGAUCAAGUUGAGGGCUCAACAUGUUCCAGGAACCCAGAAUAUAAUGACAGAUUAUGCAUCUCAACUUCGUUUCAACAAGAACGACUGGAUGUUGAACCCCAAAAUAUUCAGCAAGAUUCACAAUUUGUGGGGCCCAUUCAAGGUGGACUUGUUUACCAACAGACUCAAUACUCAGCUACCAAUAAUUCUAUUCAAAGCUCAGAAGGAACGAGCCAUGAUGUGCCUAAUAACUUCCCUAUGGACAUCAGUGAACUGGUUCUCAUCUCUAAUAGAUAUGACAAUAGAUCUGCCAUGAAUCUUACCAAUAAAGAACCUUCUACUUCCAGGGCCAACAUCAGGCACAAUACCUCAGUUGAAAACAAAUUACCAAAUGUGCGCAUGGCUUAUCUCCGGAAGCGUCUCCAGAAGAAAGGCAUUUCUCAACAAGCUAUCACAUUAUAUGCUAAAGCCCUUGACCCAAACUCAACCAGUACUGUAUCAUCAAACAUACACACAUGGACUUCAUGGAGCACCGAAAAUGCUAGAGAUCCCAUUAAUUGCCCUAUAAAUGAUAUUCUACAAUUCCUCACAACAAAAGCAAAUGAAGAGAAGUCAUACAAUACUAUUGCUGAAUAUAGGUCAACUAUAAGUGAGAUACAUGAAUACAUCAAUAACCGUCCAAUUGGUCAGAACAGAGACAUUGCCAACCUAAUGUUAGGAAUAUUCAGAACAAACCCACCUGCUGAACCUGAGAAUGAAAUAUACGAUAUUACACCCUCCUUGGACUAUAUUGUAGCACUAGACGACAAUGACCAUUUACAGUUAAUAUCCCUGGCAAAGAAAACAGCUUUCUUAUGUGCUCUCUCAUCAGCCUGUCAUCUUUCAGACCUUGCUCAUUUAGACUUAACAACCAUCAGAUUCAUCACAAAUGGCAUUAUUAUUGAAUGCAUUAAUCCAAAAGAAGCCAACAUCAUCAUAGGUCAUGAAAUAAAUAAAACCGACGAUGUGGGGUUAUGCCCAGCUACAGCCCUACAUUACUAUUUAGCUCGGAUGAAAGAGCUUCAGCAUUCUGAAGAGCAAAGAACUGCUAUAUUUUUAUCUCAUGUUGGUUCUCACAAACUAGCAGCAGUUGAUACUAUCACAAACUGGCUAAAGGAUAUUAUCAGGAGGUUAGCCCCAGAAGGGAAGGCUAAAGACAUUCGCAUUCUAUCAGCUAUGUUAGCCCAAAAUGCUGGUGUGGACCUAAACUUAAUUCUGGCACUAG